AUGAAUAACACGAAUACGGCAGCGAGAUUGGUGAUGGAUAAGGCGCAGGAAGCGCAGCAGGCCCUCCUGGGUCAUAAGAACAAUUCCAGCAUUUACCGUGAACUUAACGCUAUCCACAAUAAAUACAGCGGCUUACAGAAGCAAAUGCCGAGAUUGAGGCACGCACGUCUCCAAACAUUGAUCAAAAUGAUCGAGGGGCUGGCGUGCAAGGAAAGCUGCUGGCCAACGUGCGCGGAAUUCCUUGAUUCAGCUGAGGAUAAGAGGCCACUCCUCUUCCCUGACGAGGAGCUGUUCGCGCUUUUGAACCCGAAAUUAAGGCCAUCGAAAUGCCUGAGCUUCGUGCCCAGGGAAUUCCACCCUGAGCCAUACACAAAA